AUGAAUUGUUCAUGUGAGGUUGAAAUAUCGUUAAAGAAGGCGGUUAUCUGCACGGUAACCUUCGCAAGAAGAGGAUUGCUGAAAAAGGGGACUGAGUUGCAGGGCGAGCUGCGAACGAGCCAGGCGAUUGCGGGACAUUCCACCACCUUACGGAUACUUAGGUACUUACAGAUAAUUAGCGUUGUGGCAUUGGGAGGAAGGAGCCACCUCAUCCCUCCCAAAUCAAUCUUUCAGCGCUCCCGAUUGCGUAGCCCAGGGAAGUAUGUCGCUGCAAGUUCCCGUCAGGUAGCAGAUAGACAGGCAUUUGGGUAG